CAGAAUAGUAGGCUAGGUUGAUGAAAGUUUUAAAAGCACCGAACUGGGAAAAAAUACAAUUCACUUUUUUUUUUUUUCUGCUUUUCUUCGGUCCAACAAUUAAUCAUGUGGCGAUCUGAAGAAAACAGUUGAUUUCCAUUCCAAGUAAACCACUAGUUUAAUUGUAAUUUUUUUUUGUAAAUCAAAGUAAAAGAACGGUACUCCCAAGGAUUGUGCAUGUAUAAGUGGGAAUAGAAUUCCAUCGAAAGAAUCUUGCAUCUAUGGCUUCCAUUCCAACCCCUAUUAUCUUUGACAUUCUCGUUCGACUUCCAAUAAAACCUCUAGCAAGAUUCAAGAGCUUAAACAAGCUUUGUCGAUCCUUCAUCAAGGAUCCACAUUUUAUCUAUACCCACUUGAAGAACAGUACUGCGAGUAAAGUUAAUGAUCUUUGCUUAAUCCUUUCAUGCGUGGGGCUUCGAAAUCUUAACGGCAUAAUUCACUUCCUCACCGUCAGAGCCGACAUUGACGAGCAAGCAGUUGUUGAAUUCUCUGCUCCUGUAAGUUUGGACUCUUACCAAGUUUUACCUUCUUGCAAUGGUUUGGUUUGCUUUUAUGGUCUCCAUGGUUGUGUUCAUGUUUGCAACCCCAGCACCAAAGACAUAGUCAGACUCCCAGAUAUUGAUGCUGAAGGCUUUCGAUCUUUGAGCUGCGGCUUUGGCUUUGAUGAAAUGAGUGGUAAAUAUAAGGUCAUUAAGUUUUUUGAGCCUCUGGAAGCAAACCCUUUUGUUGAUAAUCUCAACAGGAUUGAAAUAUUUACCAUGGGCAAUGAUUCUUGGAGGACUAUAAGGUACCAUUCUUGUUUUCGUUUUCUACAUUACCAACCACCGGUGUUUGCUGGAGGGUUCUUUUACUGGAUUAAUGCAGCUGAUUCUAAUCCGGACGGUCCUUCUAGUUUUUCUAUAGUUUCAUUUGAUAUCGGAAAUGAAAUAUUUGAAGCCAUUUCUCCACCAGAAAGUAUUUCAAAAAAGAAUUGGUUUAACUUAUAUCUAGUGGAAUUGAGAGGGAAGCCAUGCUUGGUGGACUUGGAUUAUGAAUUGGAUGAAGACAGGAAAAGAAUGGACAUCUGGAUCUUCAAAAGCAAUGUUGUUGAGAAGAAAGAGCAUUGGGUGAAGGAAACUAUUGUUCAUCAAUCAGAACCUAUUGAUUCCACUCGUCCGGUGGCGUUUGUCAAUGGUGAGGAGAUUUUACUGCAUGGAUUUAUCAAAGGCCUGGGUCACUUGAACAGCUACAAUCUGCAAACUGGUUGUUUUAGACAACUGAAGAUCAAAGGUAUUCCUUCGCAAUAUUGUUACACAAGUAAUCAUGUGGAAAGCCUUUUCCCGGUUGACCAUUAAUCCAUGUGAAAUCCAGGUGGUCUACAGUUAAGCAUAUAUUCAUCCAGGGUGUAGAAUUGCCACAACAGUUGCAAAGUUGAGGAUAAGAUUUCUCUCCAUCAAGUUUCCUUUUAGCUCCCAACUUAAUAUUUUUCAUCUGAUUAUAAUAAAGUUUUCCUCUUGCAACUUGCAAGUAAUUUCCCUCUUUGUAAAGAUUGGUCUGUGAAGAUUAUUUUGCUUUGCAAAUUGCAACCUCAUUCAAAUAGUAGUCCCCCGCAAUACUUUUCCUUAAUCAUUUUUCCCGAAUGAAAUGUUUUAAGAGUUUAUCAAUAUUUUUAUCCCUUAAU